CGGAUCUUCUUCAAGGAAGAAGCUCUCCUCUCCUCUAUUUAAUACCCUCUUUUCCCCGUUGUUCUAUUUUCUUAAUUGCUCAUUUUCACAUAAGAUCCUUUCUUUUAAUUUUUUUUUCAAACAGAGCUUCCCUGUUUUUUCUGUCUGGUUUCUUCAAACACUUUUGUUGUGUAUAUAUAUAAACAUCUGCUGCUUUGUGCAUAUACAUAUUUCUACACAGAGGUUUAGAUCAACUUGUGGCUUUGUAUAUUGAAUGGAGGAGGCUAUAGUAUUGAACAGAGGAGACGACCUCCUCGAUUUGCCGCCCGGGUUUCGAUUCCACCCCACAGAUGAAGAGAUCAUAACUCAUUAUGUUACAGAGAAGGUCAUGAAUUGCAGUUUCGGUGCAAGUGCUAUUGGUGAAGCUGAUCUCAACAAGUGUGAACCUUGGGACUUACCCAAGAAAGCAAAGAUGGGGGAGAAGGAGUGGUACUUCUUCUGCCAGAGAGACAGGAAGUACCCAACAGGGAUGAGGACUAAUCGGGCGACAGAAUCCGGUUACUGGAAGGCAACCGGAAAGGAUAAGGAGAUCUAUAAGGGAAAAGGAUGCCUUGUUGGGAUGAGGAAGACUCUUGUUUUCUACAAAGGAAGAGCACCAAAAGGAGAAAAAACCAAUUGGGUUAUGCAUGAAUACAGACUUGAAGGCAAAUUCUCCUACUACAACCUCCCUAAAUCUGCAAAGGAUGAAUGGGUUGUGUGUAGAGUUUUCCAUAAGAACAGUAGCACAGAAGGAGUCAAGAAAAGUCCAAUUCAUGAAAUGUUGAGGGUGAAUUCAUUUGGAGAUGAUCAUUUUCUUGAUUACUCUACACUACCACCUCUAAUGGAUCCUCCUUACUCUAAUGGAAUUAACUCGGGUUUCGGCGAUGGCGAGAACGAAUUCAAGUCCAUCAACACAGCAUCAAUGCCAAGAUCUUCUGAUGGGAAUUACAUCCAAAACUUUGUGGAGCCUCAAAAUUCCAAUGAUCAAACACUACCAAGCUCUAUUUACACUCAAGUUCCUGAAAUGUCUAAUUCUCUCUUCUCCUUCCAUGGAUCUCCAAAUCUUGGCUACUUGUACCAGGGCAAAAAUAGCUUUCCGGGUUCCGGGUAUGGUGCCAUUAAAAACAAGCAAUGCAAGGUUGAGCAAUUCUCGUCAAAUCAAUCAAUGGCUAGCCUCUCUCAGGAGACCGGAAUUAGCACCGAUGUGAACACAAAUACCGAGAUAUCAUCAGUGGUGUCAAGUUAUAGCAACAAGGGUUAUGAAGAUCUUCAAGGUCCAUCCGUUGGCUCUGUAAUGGAUUUUGAUUGCUUUUGGGAUUGCUGACAAUUUUGGGAAAACUAAACAAGUGUGUGCUCGUUAGCUCUAGCAAGUUAGUUCUUUGUUUCUUAGAUUUUUUUACAGACUAUAUCAGUAUAAGUUUUCUUUCUUCCACUAGGAAAAUUAUUUGAUUAAUUAGUUUCUGAAAGGUGGUUGUUGAUCAGAUUCAGAUUAUAUAUAUAUAUAUACUUUGUAUAGAUUCAUGGCA